CCGCUCUGAGCCACCUCCGGAAGUGACGUCGGAGUGUCAACAUGCAAGAUGGCGGCCCAUCACCGGCAGAACACAGCAGGGCGGAGGAAAGUGCAGGUUUCCUAUGUUAUUCGAGAUGAAGUGGAGAAGUACAACCGAAAUGGAGUCAAUGCUCUGCAGCUGGAUCCAGCACUAAAUAGACUUUUCACAGCCGGUCGAGACUCUAUCAUAAGAAUAUGGAGUGUCAAUCAGCACAAGCAAGAUCCGUAUAUAGCAUCUAUGGAACACCAUACUGAUUGGGUAAACGACAUUGUACUCUGUUGUAAUGGGAAAACACUAAUAUCUGCUUCUUCUGACACGACAGUAAAAGUAUGGAAUGCACACAAGGGAUUUUGCAUGUCAACAUUAAGGACACAUAAGGAUUACGUAAAGGCCUUAGCAUAUGCCAAGGAUAAAGAACUAGUAGCAUCAGCUGGGUUGGACAGACAAAUAUUCCUUUGGGAUGUGAAUACUCUAACAGCAUUGACUGCCUCAAAUAACACUGUCACAAGUUUGCAUCGAGAGAGUGGUUCAUAUUUUGAGAGUGCUUCUACCUACAGCGUUCUAGCCCCCAAGAGUAUGAUUGAACAACAAGGAGCUAGUUCCUCACUGCAGUCUAAAAAUGCUUCUUCUUUAAGUGGAAACAAAGAUUCCAUUUAUAGCCUGGCCAUGAAUCAACUGGGAACAAUCAUUGUAUCAGGGUCCACUGAAAAGGUGUUAAGGGUAUGGGAUCCAAGAACAUGUGCAAAACUAAUGAAGCUUAAAGGGCACACGGAUAAUGUGAAGGCAUUGCUAUUAAACAGAGAUGGCACGCAAUGCCUUUCAGGCAGUUCUGAUGGGACAAUUCGCCUUUGGUCCCUUGGCCAGCAGAGAUGUAUAGCAACAUACCGAGUUCAUGAUGAAGGUGUUUGGGCGUUGCAAGUCAAUGAUGCCUUCACACAUGUGUAUUCUGGUGGAAGGGACAGGAAGAUUUAUUGUACAGACCUAAGAAACCCUGACAUUCGGGUGCUAAUUUGUGAAGAAAAAGCACCAGUUCUCAAGAUGGAGCUUGAUAGAUCAGCUGAUCCUCCUCCUGCAAUUUGGGUUGCAACAACUAAGUCUACAGUAAAUAAAUGGAUUUUGAAAGGAAUUCAUAAUUUUAGAGCCUCUGGAGAUUAUGACAAUGACUGUACAAAUCCUAUAACACCUCUUUGUACACAGCCUGACCAGGUUAUUAAAGGGGGUGCUAGUAUUAUUCAGUGCCACAUUCUUAAUGAUAAGAGACAUAUAGUAACCAAAGAUACCAAUAAUAAUGUGGCAUAUUGGGAUGUAUUGAAGGCAUGUAAAGUUGAAGAUCUGGGCAAAGUGGAUUUUGAAGAUGAAAUUAAGAAAAGAUUUAAAAUGGUGUAUGUGCCAAAUUGGUUCUCAGUAGACUUAAAAACAGGGAUGUUAACUAUUACUUUGGAUGAAAGUGAUUGUUUUGCUGCCUGGGUUUCUGCAAAAGAUGCUGGUUUCAGCAGCCCUGAUGGGUCAGAUCCAAAAUUGAAUUUAGGAGGACUUUUACUCCAAGCACUCCUGGAAUAUUGGCCUAGAACACAUGUGAAUCCAAUGGAUGAAGAGGAAAAUGAAGUAAACCAUGUAAAUGGGGAGCAGGAGAACCGAGUGCAGAAGGGAAAUGGAUAUUUUCAAGUGCCCCCCCACACACCCGUGAUCUUUGGUGAAGCUGGAGGUCGCACACUGUUCAGGCUGCUCUGCCGAGAUUCCGGGGGUGAGACUGAGUCUAUGCUUCUUAAUGAAACAGUGCCACAAUGGGUAAUUGACAUCACUGUGGAUAAAAAUAUGCCCAAAUUCAACAAAAUUCCUUUCUACCUCCAACCUCAUGCAUCUUCAGGAGCAAAAACCUUAAAAAAAGAUAGACUCUCUGCUAGUGACAUGCUCCAAGUCCGAAAAGUUAUGGAACAUGUUUAUGAAAAAAUUAUCAACUUGGAUAAUGAGUCUCAAACCACUAGCUCUUCUAAUAAUGAAAAACCAGGAGAACAGGAAAAAGAAGAAGAUAUUGCUGUGUUGGCAGAGGAGAAAAUUGAACUUUUGUGCCAGGACCAGGUUUUGGAUCCAAAUAUGGACCUUCGAACAGUGAAACACUUCAUAUGGAAGAGCGGUGGAGACCUCACCCUCCAUUACCGUCAGAAGUCCACGUGAAGGGUGGGCUAAUGCUCCUGGGUAUUCAUUUAUGACCUUCCUCUGUGGCCCCAAGAGUAGUCCCAGGGAGCCCACUGAGCCCCAACGGGAGCAAGACUUCUAACGGCUGAUUUGGUAUGGACCGAGAUUAUCUUUCAAUUGAAGUGACUAAUCGAGAUGUAAUAUAGAAACCAGUCUCCAUGUGUAGAUUAAGCUGUCCCCAGGGAAGCAGAGUGCAAGAGCAGAAGAGCCCCAAGCAGACUAUGCCUUUCGAGAUGUACAGAAGACUGACAACAGGCCAGUGCAGACUUUGCUUCCUCCUUUUGUUUCAAAGGACCUUAUCUGUCCGUUAGCACUUGUCAGAGACACCUCGGUCGGGCCACAACUGUCUGUUUUACCUUCAAACCCACACACUCUGUAGCUUUUCUAAAAGAGUAUAUUCCAUUCAUGCAAUAGAUAUGAAGGCUUUUUCCAAGUUUGUCAUAUAAAAAAAUCAAAUUGUUUUCACCGUUUAAGACAGUUAUUUUUAAUGGGAAUUUGCUGUUGCACAAUUUGAGAACCAGCCCAUUUCGUAAUAAAAGAUUAAUGUUGGGCUUGUUUUUAAUAUUGCAUCUCAGAUGUGUUCUUGUAGGAAGAUCUGUUGAAAUUCCAGGUGCUGGAUCAUAGCACUUGGACUGCUGGGCCAGAGUUUGUGCAGCCCGUGCCUAGCGAUGCUGCACCUCCCAUGAUGUCCUGGCUUUGUGGCAACCCCAGGGAGGUGCAGCCGUUUCACUCCUUCCUCCACUGUGUCCAGUUUUAUUUAAACAAAGCGAGCUGAGACCACAGGUUCUUGCUGUGGAUGAGCAGCAUGACACCAUCAAAACUUAAGACCAUGAUGAAAUUUCAGUUUCAUUCAAAUGUUACCUAAAAUUUAUGGUAUCAGAAUAAAGGGAGAUCAUAGUGAGUUAAUUUGAUAUUCAUAUCCUGGAAGUAUACAUAUUUGUUUUUCCAAAGUUUUAUAUGCAGGUUUUUGUUGUACCUGUAUCCAGAUCUUUUCACUGUUCUAACAAUCUAACACUUUCAUAGAAUCAUUUGGAUCUUGUAUAGAAUGUAACUUAUUGGGGAUAAACACUUCAACUUUUGGCAGAAAAUACUUUGGAUUCUCCCCAAGGUCAUUUGUAUUCAGAGUAAAUCAAUGGUCCACCGCCAUAAAACUGUAAGACAAGCCUCCUGUAUGAAGCCAGAAGCACAAGUGCCUUCAGAGGGCAGUUGAUUCCAGUCCAGUUGCCUCCCUAGCUUGUGUGUGGCCUGCCUCCACCAUAGCAGGGACUAGGGAGGGAGGCAGGGAAGGUUUUUUUCUUUUCUACAUCUUCACAGGUUCGGCUGGCGGCAGCUGAUAGGCCUAAGUCCAUACCUUAGUAUUUAAGAUACUCUGAUCGCACAACUGCAGAGACAGGGUUCCCUCACUGCUAGUCAGCUUCCUUUGGAAACUGGACAGGCCAUUGUCACCUGCACUUUGAAGAAGUGAGCAAAGACGUGGCCACAUUUCUAAUAAGUUGAAAUGGUCUUUCUCCCUUCCUCAGAGAGCAACCAGCUUCUUUUUCUUAAAAGUCCUUUCUAUCUGUUGGAUACAACAGUGCGCUUUUGGUGCACAUUUUUUAGCAAUAGUUGUGAAUUAAUGGCAAAAAAAAAAAAAAAAAAAAAAAUUAUUUACCAGCCCUCAGUUGUGUUUGCCCGAGGGGCCUUUGAGCAAAGAAAUGGGUUUUGCUGGGUCAUUUUGCCCUGUGUGCUAAGCCUUGGGUGGCUGCAUUCCCCUCCUGUCAUCGAUCUGACCCCCAGCAUGAUUGUAUUUCUUUCCCCUCCAGUCAAACCGUAAUACAGUUUCCAGAAAAUCUGACAGUCUGCAAUGACAAAAGGGUAAAAAUCUGUAUUUCACAGUUGUAUAGAAUAAAGGCUUUAGUUAAAAUA